CGGAGUGAAAUCUCGUCAAAUAUCGCGUGAUUGCCGCCGUUACCAUAGUGACGAGUCAAACUUCUGUACCAGCACAGAAGUUGAUCCAAAUUACAUUAUGGACAUUAUGGAGGAGGAAAAUGAAAGUAACCCCGACGUAUGGCUUCAUACCUCUAGUGAAACUGAAGAUGGCAUACUUGAAGAAGACCACAGAGACAUGGGAGAAGACAAUUGGAGCUCGAUACAAGAGGAGCACGACUUGAAAGCUAAAGAAAAAACAGCUCAAGAAGUUAAUGAUGUUUGUGCACUGCCCGCGCACACAGCGACCCUGUCUGUCAGCGGGGCCAGCGCAGCGAGUAAUGCCAAAACUGUGGUCGAGUUUUUAUGCAGUUUUCUGUCCCAGAUGGGAAUGACAGAUACUCUGGACUGCUUUCAAGCGGAAUGGCACGAGAUGGUUGUAAAUGGACAAAUUGAUCCUAGACGUAUUGACGUGAUGCCAAAUGUGUAUAUCCAAAACUGUCAUUUGGAAAACGAGCUGCAAAACGCCCAAAAAGAAAUCCAGGAGUACAGCCAGGCCAUCGCUGCAGCGGAGGAGACUGUGAUCAAGAUCCAAAAGGCCAAGGACGAUCACUGGCUCAGGCACAAGCGCGUGAUUCAGGAGAAAAACAAGGUUAUCGAGGAUAUAAGAAAACUCACAGCCCGGUGCAAUGAAUACCAACCUAAAGUCAAGCAAAUGAAUGAGAAAUAUCAAGAACUUGUGCAACAGACAAAAAAUGCCACAAGGGUAAGGGACGAGACUUUGGUCCAGGCAAAAAAGCACAGCAACUAAACCAAAAGCACAGUAUAUAAAAAUAAAGAGUUACGAUAUAAGUUUAAUAUUUGUUUAUCCUAUUUUUAAGUUAGGAUGACUUCAAAACACACUUCCAAAAGUUCUAAGGAUGUUGCAUGUACUUGCCAUAUCCACCAUAAGAGGGCGGCAUUGGAAAGAGAAUACUGUGAGCCAUGCUGUAAUCUUGUAAAGAGAGGCUCUGAUGUUGUACAGUGUCUAAGUGCCUAAAUUAUGGCUCAUCUACCCCUUUUUAAUACAAAGCACUAGCUUCUCUGCACUUUGAACCUCCAAAUUCAAUAAAAGAUCACACUUUGAACCCAAAUAAAUGAGCAGUGGAAAAUGUAAAUGAAAUAUUAAUCUGUUUUUGCCCUUCUGGUGCUCAGAGUUCUACAAUACAAGUCUAUGGAAAGUUUUGAGGCAUUUCUUCUGCACUUAUUUGAGGCUUUUCAAAUCCAAUUCAUUGUUAUCAUAAUUUGAUAAGUGAUGUUGAGUGAUUCAUAGAAAGAUGGAGGCAUUUUUAAAACCAUACAUCCUGAAAUGGUUUGCAGAUACAGAAAUCAAAGAGAAAAAAGCAUGAAUAUAUCAACACUGUUUUGCUUUAUUUAGUUUGAAGUCACACUGCAGUUUGAGAUAUUAAAGCAGAAAAUGAUCUAAAGUGCUUUUUAGUUGCUCACUCAGUUGAAAUACCGUAACAGUAGUCUCAUUAAAUGCCAUUUGUCUGUAGCUAUGUGGUUAGUUGCAUGUCUCUGUUGCUCCACCCACAGUUCAUCAGUUGGAUUGGGAAUUUUUCUUGCUUCAGUAUCAAAUGUGUUGAGCUAUCGAACAUCCUGUUAUUUUUCUGUCUGACUCCUGCUCCUCCCUCUGGGACAUAUUGUAUUCACUUCACUGCUGUAUGACCUUUUGUGUUGUAAAAAACAGACGUCCACAUCAUGUUUCUUGUUCUGUCCUUUUUUAACCAAUUCAGCAAAAGUCACAUUUUUAAUUUUGCACAUUAUUUUACCAUUAUCCCCUAAACAUUUUCUUUGCAACACUCAAUCUUAAGGUAUAAAAUUGAUUUUUUUCUGUCGGGGUCUAUUCCUCUCUUAAUAAAUCAGCACUCUGGGACCUGUACAGUGGACAGUGGGUCAAACUCAGCAAUAUUUUCUGCUUUAAUGUACAGACCACAGCAGAGAUUGGCUCCUGCUGGUGACUCAGCAGGCAUCCAUCAUCCUCAGAGCUACACAGAUGAAUUACUGAGGAAUAAAUUUGCCCAAAUACUGUAUUUUUACCUGAAUAUAAGGCUCAGCAUCAGUUUGUGAAACUCUUUGCUAUUCUGCUCUAUAUUUAACCUCAAAGACAGCUAUUGAGGCUGGAACAUUUUCAAUACAGGACCACCUUCAUAUGAAGUAGCACUGGAUGUGAUUGUCUGUUUUUACUGAACUGUAUGCUAUUUUUAAAAUUUUAAGUUGAAUUAAUUUUUUUAAUCCACAAAUCAUGAAACUAAUUUAUAUUAAUGACUAGGUCAAUGUUCUCACUACGAUACCAAAAUUAAUGACUAAUUUUACCUACAUCCUACCUCUCAUGAAAAACAGAGGGAGAAUCUUGUCAUCUGACACCCAUAGUCACUGUUCUAAUCUUGGGAAUUGUUCAUUUAACUUUGUAAA